AUGAAACCUGGAGGUGGCACAAAGCUUUCUACCGCCAAAACUGGUGCUGUUGAGGUUAGUAAUGUAUUAACGAAUAUUUUCAAUGAUCUUUGGUAAAUAAAUUACCACUUAUACCUCAUCAUAUUGAUUUGAUUCAUAACAAUACGAACAUUUUAAUUUGCUAAGCUAUCAUUCCAUCCAUUUAUGUUCUUCGUUUCUUGUUUACAAAGUUUAAUUAUUAAUUAACUGUCGUUUUAAAUUUUGAGUUAAUAUUUCAAGUCGCAAUUAAUACCUCAUUUAUUUAAACUCGGUGGGGGAUAAUCAAUUGAAAUAAUUAAAUAAUUAAUAAUUAAAGACAAAUGGGGUGAAGAUAAAUUUACUCAAAUAAAUAAAGUUCCAUUGUACCGCUAAUUUAUUUCAUUUCACACAUUCUUCUUUUAUCCACAGUAUCUUCUCUUAUUUUUUUAUUUUGGAUUUACUUAUCUAUUUUAUUCUUCACUUCAUAUUUUUUAUUUGGCACAUGAUUUAAGCAACUGAUUAAGCAAGCAUAAUUGCAUGUAGAGGCUUUGUCAUAUGUCAUUUUUUUUCAUCAAAACAGGAUAAGGUCAGAAAGUCUUUGCACGUUUUGCAGCCAGCAGCCACUGACAAAGAAAACUUAGUUGGUGGAGGGAGGAUGCUGAGAUCUGCCAAAGAAACAGUUAAGAAAGAGAUAAUUGAAAAACCUAAAAAUGAUGAGAAAGCAAAACGUAAGAAAGUUGUUUUAAAAGAUAAAGCAGUUCAAACUUCAAGAGGAGGCAAGAUAAAGAUUGAAGUUGAAGACUUAACAUCCGAAGCUGGACCCAGUGAAAAUUAUUGGGAAGUUUUGGCUGAAAGGCGGCGGAUAGCACUUCAGGAUGCAUUAGAAGAUAAUAAAGAAUUGACCGAGCGCGUAGAAAAGUUAGAAGAAGAAAAUCGUAUAUAUAAAGAAAUGUUAGAUGAAUCAAGAUCACUAGUCGAAAUUUUACAGGUAUUUACAAGUCAUCUAUUUUUUGAAAAUUUUAAGUGAAAUUAAAUGUAAUGUUUUUUUGCAGGAAAUGCUUGGAGAAGAUACGAAUGGUAUAAAUAAUUCUCUAGAAGAUACCCUUUAA